CAGAUGGUGUGAGGUUCUUUCCUUCCAGCCUUUCAGUUUCAGGUAGCUGAGCUCAGAAGCACGGCCAAUGGCGCCAAGCUUAACCGCCAAACGGCUAACGGUAGCUCACUUCUCAUGUGGGAAAUUCUUCUUCCCGGCCCUUGCGCAGAGGAGUCCUCGCCUCCCUGCCGUCCGGUGCAGCUCCGGCUCGCCGGACGGCGGCGCGCCGCCGCUCGUCAGAGCGGCGGUCAGCGCCGUCACUGAGCUCCUCAGGGCCCUGUCUCCCAACAACCAAAGAGAAGAUGAGGCUCUUCAGAAGGGAGCUGCAGGAGACACAGAGCUGGAUCCCCCAAGUAGCGUGGAUGAUGUGGUUGCUGUUCUUGAAGCUGAUUAUCAGCGAGCCUAUUUCCUCACUGGAAAUUUUACCCCAGACAUAUACACUGAAGAUUGCUUAUUUGAAGAUCCAACAAUAAAGUUCAGAGGAAGGUCUAGAUACUCACAGAACCUUGAUUUGCUAGUGCCGUUCUUCGACAGCCCUUCACUUGAGCUUGAAAACAUCGAAAAGGGGUUGAGGGUUGAAACAAAGUUCAUCAUGGCAACAUGGACACUAAGGACAUAUUUGAGGCUUCCAUGGAGGCCCCUCAUCGCCAUCAGAGGGAACACAACCUAUGAUUUAGAUGAAGAAUUCAAGGUUACUAGGCAUGCUGAGAGCUGGGAUGUCUCUGCACUGGAGGCGAUUGGCCAGAUUUUCGUGCCGGCUCCGAAACAAACAGAUGGCAGCUAAUGAGCUGAAGCAAACAUGAAACCGUAUGAUACUGGUGCACAUGUAAAUUUUGGAUUGAUGUUAUAUUUAAUUAGUUAGGUUCUAUGAUCAGGUCAAUAUGAUAUCCAUGUAAAUCAAGCGCUUUUUUUUUUGAAAUUUCAUAGAAAUUAUGUAUGAUUCAUGCAGGGAAAUCAUUUCAAUUCUUGCGAGAUUUGAAAAAAAAAAUAAGAGAAAGAUACGGUACACCGAUAAAUUAUCAAUUUUACGAACCAUAGUUCAUGUGCUAAGUAGUUUUGCAAGAAAAAGGCUGCUAUUGAAGU